AAACUCUUUGUUGGUGGCAUUAGUUGGAACACCAAUGAAGAAUCGCUGACUGACUACUUUCAGCGCUAUGGCACCGUCAUCGAUGCCGUGGUCAUGCGCGACUCGGUGACCCAGCGUUCACGCGGUUUCGGUUUUGUCACCUUUGCGGAUCCCAAGUCAGUGACGGAUGUACUGAGCUCUGGGCCCCAUGUCGUCUGUGAUCGCGAGAUUGACCCAAAGCGAGCCAUUCCACGCUCGAGCAGUGAUCCGGCCUCCACGACCAUCAAAAAGCUCUUUCUGGGUGGAUUGGCCAGCAGCAUGAACGAAGACUCGAUCAAAAACUAUUUUGUACAGUUUGGUGAAAUCGAGGAUGCCUUGUGCCAACGCGACAGAGACACUGGCCGGCCACGGGGAUUCGGCUUUAUCACUUUCAAAACAGAAGAAGCUGCCGAAAGCGUGCUACGCCAACAAUACCACACAAUAGAUGGCAACCGAGUG